AUGGUGCACAAACCUUCUUUUGUGAGGAUAAUUGGCUUUAGGAUGGACCUGGCCUUCCGGGCAUCAAUGGAUUUCAUAAAGGACUCACCUAUACCCCCUAAACAGAAGCUGUUAUCCCUCACAAACAAUAACAAUUGGGAUUUCCCUCCAGCCAUGCUUCAUCAUUUUCCUGAUCUACGGCUUAUUGACCCACCAUCCCAAUCCUCGGACACCAAUGUCUGGAUCCCCUCUCCUACAGGAAAGUUCUCGCUCAGCCAUACAGUGGAAUGGCUUGCCCCACACUUUCAGCCUGAAGAAUGGCAUCAGUUAGUCUGGAAUUCCUUCUCCAUUCCGCGGUGCAAAUUUACACUCUGGCUUGCAGUUCAAAGACGCCUCUCCACUUAUGAUUGUUGA